AUGGCUGCUGAUAGAAAACGUACAUUGCAGGAUCAUAAGAGAAUCAGAAAGACGUUAUUAGCCAUAGCAGAUAUCAACGAAAUGACGUCCGAAGAAUUCAUUGAUGUGUUUGGUAAUGUUGUGGAGCAAAGUUCCUUUUUUGCCGCCGCUGUUUGGCACCACCGUCCGUUCCAAGAUGUUCAUCACAUACACCAAGUUGUGUGUGAAUUCCUCACCAAUUUACCCUGUCACGGUAAACAAGGACUGCUCCGCUCUUUUCAGGACCUAUCAGAUUCGGUAGGCCUGUCCUCGGAGUCAAAGGGUGAGCGAAGAGCUGCCGGAAUUGAUAGUCUUUCUCACGAUGAAACAGAGAAAAUUCAGGAGAGGAAUGAAAUGUACCGUGACAAGUUUAACUUUCCUUUUGUCAUCUGUGCCCGGAAAAACAAAAAAGAGGCAAUUUUGGAAGGUUUGGAGAUUCGAUUGCGCAAUAGUUUUGACGAAGAAUUGACAAAUGGUGUAGAAGAAGUAAAACAGAUAGCGUUAUUUCGACUGCUUGAUAUUGUGGAAAACUGA